CCAACCAUACCAAAAUGUCUGAUAGUAAUCCUCCAAGACCACCAGAUUCACCGGAGAGCGACUUCACAAACCAGUAUCCUUUUGCUGAGGUCUCUGAAUUCUUCAACUUCGAAGACGAUGAGGAACCCGAGCAAUCAAUAAUGGCUCCUGAACAAGUCCCGAAUCAGCAGGUCUGUCAAACCAAUGAAGUAAGUGGAUUUGGGGGAAGUACUGCCAACCCUUUCGAGGGGUCAUCUAGUAGAGACAUUGGCAGUAGUGGCGAGAUCAACAUCAAAGACAGAGUCGCAUUCAAAACGAAGUCAGAGGUAGAGAUUCUGGACGAUGGGUACAAGUGGAGAAAAUAUGGGAAGAAGAGGGUGAAGAACAGCCCCAACCCGAGGAAUUACUAUAGGUGUUCGGUGGAGGGAUGUCCGGUGAAAAAGAGAGUUGAGAGAGAUAAGGAUGAUUCAAGGUAUGUUAUAACAACCUACGAAGGUGUACACACCCACCCAAGCUUUAGCUAGCCCUAGCUACCUACCGACGGACCGGCGGUUUUAAUUUGUUUGCCACCAUGUCUAACAUGCAUAGCAUACUGUGGCAUUCGACACUAUUAGUAUUAUAUGUUAGCUAGGGUCGGAUUUUUCUCUUGUAUUACUCACCUUUGAUGAUUAUGAAGAUCAAAAGGCUUCUGGUGGGUGGUGCCAUGUA